GGCCAUAAAGAGUCGCGGGAGAGAUAUCUUAUAAACACUAGGUUUCUCUUCAAAACCCUAAUGAUUUCUGGAGUUUGGUUGUAAUUUUGGAGAUAAAUUUUUUUUUUGGAAAUUUGUGAUCGAAAGAGAUGAAGAGAAGAAGGGUGGAUCUAAAACAAGCGAGGUCAGAGCAGGAGGACUCUCAGAGCAUUCCCCAGAUAAUGGAUGCAAAAGCAGAGAACUCGUUAGCAUUGUUUCCAGCCGAAUUUCGUGAGAACAUGGAUCUCGUGAUCGAGAUUCUUAUGAGAUUGCCAACAAAGUCCCUGAUGAGGUUCAAGUGCGUCUCCAAGGAGUGGUCAUCCCUUAUUUCUUGUCGAUAUUUUUGCAACCAUUUGUUUACUACGGUCACACGACGACAACCACCACGCCUGUACAUGUGUUUAGUGGAUAAAGCAGACGGGCACCGUGUACUGUUAUCAAUAUCAUCACCACACAACACUAGUUUUGUGGUCGUCGACCAAGAUUUGAGCAUCCCAGGGAUGGGAGGCUACUUCUUGAACGUUGUUCGUGCCUUGAUGUGUUUCUCUCUUGGAAAAAAGGCGUGUAUCUAUAACCCUAGCACCAACCAACUCUUGACCUUACCUGCCUUAAAAUCAGACAUCACAGCUCAACCAGGUCAAAAGAAGCGUCACACCCAGUAUUAUAUCGGACACGACCCUGUUAGUGAUCAAUACAAACUAGUCUGCACGGUUGGGGUAUCCUCGCGAUUGCCACGUUUGGGUGAUCUGAAGUCAGAGCACUGGGUCUUCGCACUAGAAGCUGGAGGUUCGUGGAAAAAGGUUGUUCCAGUACUGGAAAAUUAUCUUCAUCAUGCCCCUUUCCCGCAAGGACGGUCUACCAGUGGAUCAGUAGUACGUUAUAUAGCUUGGCCUGAUAAUUAUAAUUGUGUGGUUGUGAGUUUUGACAUUAGGUCUGAACAGUUUACGAUCAUCCCAAUACCUAGGGAGAUGUUCGCUGGUCAGGUUGUGCCUGCAGUUACGAUGAGGGCGGAUCUUAUAGAGUAUGGUGGGAAGAUAGCAAUUUUCCAUCAUACUUACCUUAAAGAUGAGGGUUCGGCAGAUGUAUGGGUUUUCGAAGACGUUGGGAAGAAGAAGAAUGAAUGGUCGAAAAAGACUCUUUUUUUGCAGACUUGUCAAAGGCAUUUAGUCCAAGACAUUGUAUUGUUCGUAAGAGGUACAACUUAAGACGGCAAGGUUAUCUUGGCACCGCUGGAGAUGCAUUCCCGAUUCUACAUUCUGUAUUACGACUUGGAAAGCAAUGACUUGACAAAGGUUGAAAUCAAAGGAGUGCCACUCCCUUGGCUUCAUAAAAAAUACUAUUUUGACUUGAACUAUAUGGGUGAUAGUGAGAGCUUCAUCUACUUGGAAACUUGACCAACACUUUUUGGCUUCUUUUUUUUGUUUAAUUUUGGUCUAGCCUACUGAUAUUAAGAAAACA